GUUUUCAUGUAGCUACAAGGUUCUUCAUCUCCGGCUGCCUCCUAUCCCCCACCCCUCUAUGUAGGCCUACUGCUACUGCAGUGACAGUCACAGUACACAGACACACUAUAUUGGGGCCAUCUGUUGCCCCGUCCAAGUGCUGCCAGGUGUCAGGAUGGUGGGUUCACAAAGGAACAGGGGAGGGCUGACCUAAGAAGGCUUAUAAGGUCAAUGGGGGAUGGGCAAAUGUGGUGGCUGACUGAUCAUACUGGUAAGACGGCCAACUCAUUGGAAUGACCAGCCUAGUGACAUGCAGUAUGUGGCGCUUUUAACAAAUUUAAGCUCAUAUUUAUUCGAACACGUGUAUGCAAUAGAAACAAAAUAAAUAUUUACAACAACAAAUUAUGCGGAACGCCCAUGAUCUGACAGACUAUCGUGAACAAAACACAUCAGCAAAGGAAGCCAUUUUAAACUAUGUCUUGCUAGCGCCCCUAGCGGUGGGGUUUGAGUCAACCACCAUUCUGCCUCGCGUCGAAUCUUUGUGCUCUUCGUCGUGUCGUAGCCAUUCCCUGUUGUUAGUGGAUUUUGGUAGCGUGUGUUCUCUUUGUCUGACAACCAGGCAACUGCAUGAUCAGCCUGGAUGUAGGAGCAACGGGUCGUCUUCUCGGGCCAACUGUUUACAGGCUGUCGCAGCAAGAGAAGAAAUCAAGGAUGGUUUUAGUGCAUGUCGGAUACCUGGUUCUUCCCGUGUUCGGCUCAGUAAGAAACAGAGGCUCCCACUUCACCCGGCAUCAGCAGAGCCAUGCUACCUCGUGCCGACACUUCCACCUAGGCCCGCAGGCGGCACAGCUGCCCCUCGACUUCCCCCCCAUGCCCCACCACCACCCAGGAGGACAAUCUCAACCAGGCCUGGCCCCCGCUCCCCCGCACCUGGCCACUGCACCCCCGCCUGGUCCGCCGCCACCAGCCCCGCCCCACCACCAGCAGCAGUCGGCCACUCACCAGCUCCAUGCGCCCCCCUCCCUCAACCCCAUUCCCCCGCCACCUCCACCGCCAGGCCCCCCCCAGUUCCAGGAGAUCCAAGCAGCCCCCUUCCUACCUCAGGCCUUACACCAGCAAUACCUCAUACAACAGCAGCUUCUGGAGGCACAGCACCGACGGAUCCUCCCUCACACCAGGCACACCCAGGAGAGAGCCCAACCGCCCCAACAUUUGAGGACAGGGUACGACUACAGCACGCCUCUGCACGUCCCCCAGCCAAUGACUCAGCAGCCUCGUUACCUGGCCGAAGGAACAGACUGGGACCUGAGCGUGGACACCAGUCUGUCUCAUCACCAGUACCACAUCCCCCCUUUGCCUCAGCCCUACCAGCACUAUCUCACCUCGCCCCGUCUGCACCACUUCCCCAGGAACACCUCCUCCGCCCAAGUGGUUGUUCAUGAAAUUCGAAACUACCCAUACCCGCAGCUUCAUCUGCUGGCCCUGCAGAGCCUGAACCCCUCACGGCAUGCCUCUGCUGUGAGAGAGAGUUAUGAGGAGCUCCUGCAGUUGGAGGACCGACUGGGGAGUGUGAACAGGGGAGCUGUCCAGACUACAAUUGAGCGGUUUACGUUUCCUCACAAAUAUAAAAAGAGAAGACCACAGGAGUUUAAGUUAGGGUUGGAAGAGGAGGAGUUGGACACGGAUGAAAAAUGCACAAUAUGCCUGUCGAUGCUCGAGGACGGAGAGGACGUCAGGAGAUUACCCUGCAUGCACCUCUUCCACCAGGCCUGCGUGGACCAGUGGCUGGUCACCAGUAAGAAGUGCCCCAUAUGCAGGGUGGACAUCGAGACCCAGCUGUCGCCAGAAAGCUGAUGGUGUUUCUCUCCCACAUGAGUAGCUUUCCGUCUGCCAGCCCUGUUAUGACAGCUCCCCACCCCUCCCCCUCCCACCUGUCCAUGGGCAUAGCCAACCACAAAUCACUUAAUGAGUGGGCAGAAAAAAAAGUGGGCCUGUUAUGAAGUAAACGUACACCUGGGCCUGGUAAAGAAGUGAACGAAUGUCCUGGCCCAUCCGCAGCUAUACCACCCAUACUCCCCGCAGCCUGACAUACCCCACCCAUUGGGUGCUUCGCCAAAACCCACUCACCAUUGACCUCCAAUCUUGCCUUCUGAGCCAGUUGAAGACUAAUGGCAGGGGAUAAGACACAAAGGCCUGAAUCACAGUUGUAUUUGUCAAGUUAAAUGGAAAGGAUUAUACCGUGGAAGAAGAAUCUAUCUGCAUGAUGUUUCUGAAAGUCGGAGUUGUAGGAAUCUAUAAGUCUAAGAGGGAUUUGUUUUGUAUUCGUUUUUAGUCGUACAGAGAUUGAGCAAAUCAUUGGUUUCCAAAUGUUCCAAGCAUGCAUCUGUAGUGUUGACAGGAUGUGUACAGUUUAUAUACCUCCCAACUUCCCCUGGCUGUUCCAACUCUCAGAAGAGAAACCAAAAGCUGUAGCUCUCACUAUUUCUCUUCUUUUCACUUCUUUGUCUUGCACUCUCUAUUUUUUUUUAAUGUUCACUGUUGAAGCAACCUCACACAUGUGCAAUGCUGCUGUUAAUUGUGGAAUUGGUCUAGAAAUAGAUAAGGCAUUUCUACAGUGGUGCAUUCACUUGUCGUAACUAGGAGUGUUGUAGAGCCUGAUCGCUUAUAAUUUGGCAUAGAUGUACAGUGAUUUGUGGGCUUACCAUCACCAUAGGAAGAAAGAAGAAAGAAAAAAAACAGAAAUGAAUGAUUGUAGGCCAUUCAUCUAGGAAAUGUAGUUGGUAUGUUUCUCCAUUUUGAGAGUUUUGGGCCUCCCCCUCCUUUAUAUCUAAAGGGACAAGAUCAUGGAUACUGUGUACUGGUGUGCAUGGUUUUAUCACAAAAAAAGAGCUCAAGCAAGCCAAUCUGUCUUCUGUACCCAUACCUAACCUGGACACGAGUUUAGAGAAAAAAACACACAAAAAAACAAACAAAAACAUACAUACAGUAGGCCUAGUGUAUCAGGGGGCUUUGUGUUGUGAGUGUUAAUAGAAGGCGCGAGUCUUAAGUGGUUGCUGAACUAAAACUAUACGAAUUAAGAAGUAACACUCAACACACGGGGUGAUGGAAGAAGACAAAAUGGAGAGUGUACUUGUUCGUCGGAUGAACAAUUAAUGACCCAAAGGCUACACAUCGAGCACAGAACUGGAACAGAAAGUGGUUGGAAUUUCUCAUUAGCCUGGUUCUUUUUCUUUUCAAAACAUGCAAAGUAGUUUUGGGUUGUUGCCAUUAUUGACUGAUUAUAAUGUUAUCUAUAGUUCUUAUUACAGUAUGCUCUCUGCAUCUCCAUCUUUCCACCUACAUGUUCUGUCCGCUCUCUGGUGUAGCCACAGGGUAAUAGUGUUAAAUCCCUUUUGGAGAUCCCCCAUACCUUGUUGCCUAGAAGACAAGCACAUGUGAUUUUUUAACCAUAGCAACAAGCCUACUUCACCUGUGUGUUCGUUAGCACUGUCGGUGUCUGGUAACUGCUUGAACCUUUGUGUAGACCGUUAGCAUUAGCAGUGGACAUGAAACGGGAAAUCCGAUCAGUAAACAGGAAGUUCAGUCUGUAUCGUGCAUGAGAGUUGUGCGUGACGUUCUUGGAGUAGAUUUAAAGUUUAAAAAAGGGAAAAAAAGCCAUUUGUUUGAUAUAAAAAAACCAAACAUGUCUUUUAAAGCUAUUUUUGGUUCUUAUUCCUUUUGUUUGUCAUGUUUAUUUGUUGUUGUUUUAAUUUUCAUCUUUUUCUUUUCUCCUGAUCAUUUUUAUUGAUUAUGCCAACAUGGACAUAUAGAGACAAGAUUUUUGAAAUGUCACAAUGUCCAUUUUCAUCUUUUGUAAGAUGUAGCUGCAAUGCUGGAGUACUAUUUAUUGUUGUCUUAAUGUAGCUAGCUAUCGUUUUUGUAAAUGCACUAUAAUAUGAAAUGGCCUAAUGUGACUGUGAGGGUUUUACUUGUCCCCAGCUGGUUUUUCUCUUUCUCACACUCUUCCUAUAUCUGUCUCUUCCUGUAUUUAACAACAUUUUUUGUCAUUAUGGACAAAAGCCGUCAUAUGCAGCAAAAGCUGUUGCUUUGACCCAACUCAAUUUACAUCAAGUGGCUGCAUGGAUCUUUUUUUUUCAUUGCAUGGGUUAAUCGUACCAAUGCCAUCUUCAUAACCUACAUGAUUACGGUAAACUGGUGAAAAACAGAUGUAUGCAUCGUGUUUACAUAUAAAGUUGGUUCCAUGUUUCAUUUUUAUAUUCGGGAAGGGCAGGUGAUUGGGAACCUACCCACCCCCAUCCCCACCCCCAAUCCCAGCCCCAAGGGAAUCCCAGAAAGCAGGUCUGGCCACUUGCACCAUAGAGGGUCAUAAGUUACAGUGCUAAGAGAAGUGCUCCUUUGUUCAUACACCAUAAUACAGAUCAAUUAAGUUUACCAUCCCCCUGAGUUACCCUAGCUGGGUUAGUCAAUACAGAUUAUCCAAUCACCUGGUUCCUAGACCAUGGUGUCUUUUUUUCCGUUUCUUUUUUAAGAUGGCUGCGCAGUUGGUGUUUCAUAUACAGUAUAUAGGAUGUAACUGUGAUGGCAUUCUUUGUUCCUUAGUGAGGCAUCCAGUGUUAUUGAUAUGCUAGCCCUUGUAUGAAAUGUUGUGUCUGAAAGUAUCCAUCUGCGCUUACUGUAUGUUGGCUACAAAUAGGGGAAAACACUGCCCCAGAAGAAAGCAUCACUUUUCCCAUUAGGUUUUUUAUUGUUGUUUCCCAAAAAUACAUGUAUCUUAGUGUUCUGUUUCUUCUAAAAACCCCUCAGGUGAAGUAGAACAGUGUAAAGAGUAUGGGGCCAUUCCAAGGAUCUUAUGCGUGACUUUGCCUGACCUUGUUUUUAGGAGUUUGAUUUCCGAGAUCUGAGACAAAGGUGAGGCUAUAACUUGCUGAAUUCUAAAAAAGUUUUUCUGGUGACGCUACUUGGGAGAAAAAUACAUUUCUAAAUUGCCAUGUUUCCCUCUGCUUUGGCUCUCCAUGCGCUCUGAAAAGACAUAGUUUACAAGAGAGGCUGUGUGUUUAAAAAUGCCUUAAGUAUUUAACAAUCAUUAUUUAUUACUAACUAAACAGAGAUGAGUGGUGAUUUGUUUUUAAUUUGUUUGUGUUUCAAAACCCUGAUUUAUUUAUUUAUUAAGACUUUUAGUAAAACAUGUAAAAUACCUCAUUGUGCAUAUCUUAAGUGGGAGUGCUUUGCAUGCAGUUGUAUAGUUUAAAACAGCGUACAUAAAAUGGCUUGUGCUGCAAAUUACAUUUGUAUGGUGGUGGCUGUGGAUCACAUUCCAUUUAAAGCAACUUAUACUUUUUUUGUUCCUGCCUUGAGGGCAGCUGUGGACAAAACUUGCAACAACAACAACAACAAAAUAACGGACUAGAAGUGUUUUGCAUGUCUCUCUCUUUUUUGCACUGUCAGCAUGGCCAAUGCUCUCUGCUGGUCCUAGCCACUUGUUUUUGUGUUCUGUGUGCAACUAUGUGUUUUGUUAGUUUUUUAUUUUUGUUUUACUAAUUUAAGCUUCUUUAAAAUGCAACGGUCUAUCCUUCUCCCUCUGAGAAACUCUUUUUGUUGUAGUCCCAUUCUGGCUGCCAUGCUUUGCUGUUGGCUUGCUAUUGGCUAAUGUGUUCUCAAUGCAUAUUAACCUGUCUGCUCCAGAUAUCAUGCAAAGUAGCAGUAGUGUAGUGACUAAUUCAGGCAAGUUUACUCAAAGUUGAUGGGUAGACUUCCCAAUCUUGGUUUUGUUUCUCUCAUGUAAUGCAUCUGUGAGUUGACUAUUUGGAAGUUUAGGUGGUUAGGUGACUAAACCUGCUUUCUGGACUUACCCCUCCAACCUCAUGAUGUGGGAAGUUGUCAGUAGUCAUGUAGAACUUUCAAGGGUUUUGUAAACUGGCUAUGAAAAGGUAUGGUCACUACAGUAUGAUUCCUACAUUCUAUUGGUUUAGACAUUAUUGCUGUUCUCAAUCCCACGGCUACACAUUGGCAUUGCACUUUUCUGCUUACAAGUUGUUCACUAUGACUAUUUUUUUGACAGCACCAUUGUUUAUCAUCAUAAAUUCUCGUACAAUUCUGAGACAUCUGUGGCUUGGUCCGUGGGUAGAC